AUGGCUCCAGGAGGUCGUGUACGUAAAGAGCUCGAUGAGUGUCAGAAAGACUCGGAAUUAUCGGGUGUCACGGCCGUUCCACUCCACUCGACGUCGUUAUCGGAAUUACGAGGUUCCAUUCGAGGUCCCGAAGCCACACCAUAUGAAGGCGGAUAUUUUCAGCUCGAGAUAAUUAUUCCUCCCAAAUACCCAUUUGAACCACCUCAAAUGCGCUUCAUGACGAAGAUUUGGCACCCAAAUAUCUCGUCGCAGACGGGUGCCAUUUGUCUGGAUAUUCUCAAGGAUGCGUGGUCGCCAGCAUUAACGAUCAAGACGGCAUUAUUGUCGAUUCAAGCACUUUUAUCAGCUGCAGAACCUACGGAUCCACAAGAUGCUGAAGUAGCCAAGAUGUAUCUCCAUGAUCAAAAGCACUUCCUUAAUACUGCACGCUUUUGGACGGAAAGUUAUGCCAAACAAACGGAUACAGACAACAAUGCGGCACUUUUGAGACUCAUUGACAUGGGCUUUCCAUCGGAUCAGGCAAAAGCUGCACUGCUUGCAGCCAAUGGUGAUGAAAAUGCUGCCAUUGAAAACUUGGUCGGGAGUAUGUAG